UGACAGGGUGGAUGACUUCCAGGAAUUAAGGAGAGACUUUUCAAAUUCGUCUGAUUUUGGAGGCGAUUCGGAGACACCAGCGGUUGGUUGGUUCACUUCAGGCGACAACCCACUAACCCGCAUCCAGCUUCCGGGUGGGCCCUGCCGUUGAAGCGGGUAAAUGGAGCCUGAAGCCGUUGAUUUCCGGGCCACGAUUAGGAACGCCCCCUGAAGGCAUUUAUUGGCUACCAUGCACGUGGGCUGGCGGUGAUUAGGCGGCUUGGAGAGAGGCGGUUCUAUCCACCCGAGCCGACUGUGGCUGGGCCAUGGCGUUCCCGGCCCUUCGCGCGGAGCUGGACUCGCAGGUCCUGCAGCUGCUCGGCGACCUGGAGGAACUGGAGGCCAAGAGGACGGCGCUGAACGCCCGGGUGGAGGAGGGCUGGCUCUUGCUCGCCAAGGCUCGCUACGCCAUGGGCGCCAAGUCUGUAGGACCCCUGCAGUAUGCCUCGAGAAUGGAGCCUCAGGUCUGCGUGCGCGCCAGCGAGGCCCAGGAUGGACUCCAGACCUUCAGGGUGAUCAAAGCUGACGCCCAGACCCCCGAGGAGGUGGGGCCGCACGAGGCUUCUCUGCGUAGGCGCAAGGGUCCUGUCAAGACCCCAGAGUCAGAGUCCUCUGCGGCCCCGAAAGAUCCCCUCAACUGGUUUGGAAUUCUGGUUCCUCACAGUCUCCGGCAGGCCCAAGCCAGCUUCCAGGAUGGCCUGCAGCUGGCUGCAGAUAUAGCUAGCCUUCAGACUCGCAUCACUCGGGGUCAAAGUCAGCUCCGGGGCCUCCAGAAGAAACUGAAAGAGCUCGAUCCUGGACCUGCCUGAUCUGCCUGGCCUGCAUCCACUGAGGCAGGCACUGAGCACAGCGGUUCUUGGUUGUCACUGCCUCCUUACCUCAUGCCUUUUUCCUUCACAAAUAGCUCCUGCCUCAGCUAAUGCCCCUCCUUAAAAUGCCCUUGGCCUAUACUGUUUCCAGCUCUUAGGUAUGACGUUUGAGGAGCUUGUAUGAAACCACUUCUACUCUGUGUUCUAGGACCCCCUCUGCUGGGGUCAUGUUCGAAGCUGUUAAUGUUAGUGAACAAUUGAACAAUCUUAUCAGGCAGCUGGGAUGCUGAAAACUGCACAGACAGUGGCAAGGAAGAGCGGGAGGCUGGAAACUAAGGACAGACUGGGACAGUUCCAGUCAGUAAAAUUGCCUCUAACUGGGCAUGAGGGUACAUGCCUGUAGUCCCAGCAACUCUAGAGGCUGAGACAGGAGGAUUAUUUGAGCACUGGAGUUAGAGACUAGCCAGCUCAACAGAGACCCUUUCUCAAAAAUAACAAAGGACCACACAUACACAAAUACUGAGUAGACUGGUAGCAAGGCAUAAGCCCCUCCUGUAUUUUACUUCUGUUUAAAAAAAAAAAAAGAUUUGACAUCAUUUCAAAGGCAUUGAACUUAACUUUAGCUAACAGCAAACCCCUUAUCUCCUGAAGUCGUUUUUCCUCAUCUGGGAACUAUGUUCUUGCUUCACUUUUCUGAGUUAACUUUUGAGCAGUUUCUGGGGGCUCUCUGUGUUUGAGGGGAAUGCAAUUGUUUAUGAGAUGUAAAUUUUUCUUUCCAGUUUGUUAACAUUGGUUAUAUUGGUUUUUCAACUUUUUAUUGUAAAAUAAAACAUCAAAAUGUAAAGAAUAAUCAAAUAAUGAAUAAAGUAAAAACUAUAGUAACUGUUA